AUGGACUAUUUUGGUACUACUGUGCAUGUAACGAAGGCAAACGAAAAUGAAAAUAAGAAUAAUCAUUCUGUCAAGUCAAACAUGUCAAUCGAAGGGGAAGAAGAUAUUGACCUAACUGAAAUUAAGAGUCCACAAGAAAUCAACAUGGAAGGAGUAACCUAUGAAGGAGUUAGUCAGGGUAAUGGAAAUGAGGAGGUCACAGAAGGUGAUCCAAAAGAUGAUGAAGAUGAUAAUGUCCCAGAUGUGAAAGGAAAACCGAUUAAAAGGUUAUUGGUUAAGUGUAGUAAUGGUGAAUGCAUAUUUAGGCUUUGGGCAUCAUGGAUGAGUGAGGAGCACUCUUUCCAAAUCAAGUCUCUUAUCAUUAACCACAAUUGUGCAAGAAAUUUUAAAUUAGGGUCAAUUGUUAAUUACAGAUUGAUUGGUACUCAUUUCACCUGGGAAGUGCUUGAGAAUCAGAAAUUCAAUGUUAGGAUGUUAAAAGAGGAAGUAAAGACUAAAUUUGGCAUAGAGGUUAGUAUGGGACAAUGUAGGAGAGCUAAGCAAUAUGUAAUGUCUCUUGUUGAAUGUACCAUAGUGGAAAAUUAUGCACAGAUGUGA